GGUACGUCACCUGUGACGUAGGCACGGUGUAAGAUUAGCCGCCAAAGCGCGACGCUCAGGGUUCUACCCGCAGAACCAUCAGGGUUCUGUUGGACUCUGCGGAGCUCCAGGUCGCUGAUGGGUCGGAACCGAGCCUCUGGACUCCAGAACCGUCCGAGUCCUUCAUGGCGGUCCAGGGGUCAGCAUGUCGGACCGUGAGCCCGCUGUAGGCGAACCGGGUCCGGCCGGUACCGCGACCCGGCCCGCUCUGGCGGCAAAGGCCCUGUCGGAACCGUUUGGCCGGCUCCGGUACCGGGACACGUCGCUGCUGGUCUGGCAGCAGCAGCAGCUGGAGCUCCGAACCGGACCGCCCGCCUCCUACUUGACCCGGAGCCAGUCCGCCUGGUACAGCAGCUACGGAAACCAGGCAGUACUGGUCCGGAACCGCACGGCCCAGCAGGGUUCCGAAGGCCAGUCCAAGAUUUGCAGUAUGAUGUAGAGCAGACCCAGGGCCCGGUUCGGCCCAGACCACCAGAACCAUACCGGGGUGAUACACCCGAACCUCAGCUCCCUGACCCGGUUCAAGGUUCUGAUCCGGGUAAGACUGGGGCUAUGUGGAUUAGCUGGUGAAGACUAACUGGAUUUGGACCGGACCAGAACCUACCGUGACCUCUGACCUUCUGUCUUAAUAAAACUUUUUGAAGGAGC